CGAUUCCUCACAUUCAUCUUGACAGCGCGUGAAGAUCUGAUUUCUUUAUUUUUUUCCUUCCUUCUUUCCUUCUUCUCCGCAUUCCCUUCUUCCUACUCUAAUAAAUACCAUGAACACACUUGCCUUCAGGGCUGCCCUCAGGUCAACUGCCCGCGUCACACGCUCUGCAAAUACUGUUAUUACCCCUGUUACCCGGGCCUUGCCUUCGCUCCGUCAGACUGCACGCACUUAUGCCUCUGCUCCUGCACAUCACCCCGUUGCUCAACACGCAUCUGAUGCUCCUUGGGUGAUCGGAUCCUUGUUGGUCUUUGGACCUUUGCUCUACAAAUUGACUGCCCCACCUCCAAGAAAAAAGACUGGUGAAGUCGAUCAUCAUUCUCAUGUCUCCUUUUCCACGCAUAAGGCCGCUAAGCAAGAGCCUGAGUCUGAUGAAUCAGAAUCCACUGAGACUGAUGCAGCUGCCUCUACCUCUUCACCCAAAUAUGAAAAGGAUUUUUAUCCUUAUAUCUUGAUUGGCGCUGGUACAGCCUCAUUUGCUGCCAUGGAGGCAAUUCGCGAGAAGGAUCCAAAUGCAGCUAUUUUGAUCAUUGGUAACGAGGAUAUUGGACCCUACAUGCGUCCACCACUCUCCAAAGAGAUGUGGUUCAACAAAUCUGAGGAAACGACUGAAAACCUCUCGUUCAAGGAUUGGCAGGGCAAGGAGCGCAACAUCGUUCUUCAGGGCAAGGAAACCAUUGAAACUUUGGACCAGGAAGCUCUUGAAAAUAUUGAGUCUGCACAGAGUGGUGUCAAGCUUCUUACCGGUAUUACUGUCUCAGACCUCAACGUUGCAGAGCAGACCAUUACGUUGGAUAGUGGCAAGACUCUCAAAUAUGGCAAGGUUCUGCUCGCGACUGGAGGUGUUCCCAAGACUCUGCCUGUGCUCCAAGGUGCUGGAAAGGACAAAGUUACUACGUACCGUUCAGUUGAGGACUUUAAAAAGCUGUAUGCUCUCUUAAAGUCAACAAACAAAAAGAUUGUCAUUGUUGGCGGUGGCUUUUUAGGAAGCGAGUUGGCUGUGGCGAUUUCAAACUAUGGCAGGGAUAAGGAAGUGAAGGUCAUCCAGAUCUUCCCCGAAGAUGGCAACAUGGGAUUGGUCUUCCCUCGAUACCUCUCCAAAUGGACUACAUCCCAAGUAGAACAGGAAGGUGUGGUCGUUAAGACCAACUCUCGUGUAGCUUCAGCCAAGACUGUGGACGACCAGGUCGAAUUGACGCUCGAGUCUGGCGAAAAGAUCUUGGCCGAUCAUGUCGUAGUUGCUGUGGGCAUUGACGCCAAUGUAGAGCUUGCCAAGAAGGCUGGAUUGGAGCUGGAUGAGAUUCGUGGAGGAGUUGUCGUCAAUGCAGAGCUUCAAGCCCGCCGCAACGUCUAUUGUGCAGGUGACAUGACCUCUUUCCACGACGUGACAUUGGGUCGCCGCCGUGUAGAACAUUAUGAUAACGCCAUCCUCGGUGGCCGCGUUGCAGGCCAGAACAUGGCUUCAGAUAACUUGCAUAAGACAUACAAACAUCAAUCCAUGUUCUGGUCAGACCUUGGACCUCACAUUGGUUAUGAGGCUGUUGGUAUCCUUGAUUCGAAGCUAUCAACUGUUUCGAUCUGGACCAAGAAGCCCACUGUUUCAGAUUCAGCAGCUGUGAAAGAGGAAUCUGGAGAAACAAAGGAAUCAAAGACUGAAACUACUACUGCUGCGUCUGAAAAGGAGGGUAAGCGUGAGAGAGCGACUGCUACCCCAUUGCCAGCAGAGGCUGUUAAGGUAGAAGACAAGGAGAAGUACAACAAGGGUCUUGUUUUGUAUUUGAAAGAUAAGAAGAUUGUUGGACUCUUGAUGUGGAACAACUUUGGAAAGGUGGAUGAUGCUCGCAAGAUUUUAGGACAGGUUUAUGACACUGAGAAGGUCGAGGCUCUGGUGAAACCCUUUGGGAUUCAUGAGGAUUAGAUUAUAAUGAAGCUUGUUGGAAUAAAGAG